AUGGCGGCGAAUCAGCAGGGCUAUCUGCCCACAUUCGAAUUUGCCUUCGCCCGCAGUGAUGGAGUCGAGCACCCGAGUCUUCCAUAUGAGGCUUUGCCCCAAGACCAUGUCAAGUACGCGGAGAUGGGCAAUAAGAUUGCCAUGAUUAUCGGAAACGAGUUGCUUCCAGCAAAAAGAGGCCAACAAGCUUACACCAUGAAAUUCCCGGCAAACUACACCAUCCGGAAGUACGAGGGCAUGACGAACGGCAAGAAGGUCACCCACUACUACAUCUUCGGAUACCCUGAGCUCACCUCCACCAACAAGCCCCGCCUCUUCCGCUCCCCGAACGAGUUCAUCCCCCAUCUCAUGUGGCUGCUCAGUGACAGCACGGAGCCAAAGAAUGACUGCACGUGCCACCACUGCCGUCCCGCCCCCGAGUCCAAGCAGGGAGGCAAGAAGCCCGUGUCCGUACCAGCCGAGGACCCCGCUCCAUCAUCAACCUCGACGGCUGCCAAAGGCUCUGGCGCUACUACGGGAAUCCUGGGAAAGAAGAAGCCUUCUGCCGCAUUAGCAUCGAACCAAGCCGCAAAGAAACCUGCGACCCAGUCCAAGCAGGCGGUAACCACUGGUGCUUCUAUUUCCUCUGUCCCUGUUACUGCCGCUGAUCCCUCAGUCCGUCCAUCUGCGACUCCGACGGUCAGGCCGUCUGCCGGACCGUCCGUUGGUCCGUCUGUCACUCAGUCUGCCGGUCCGUCUGUCGCUCAGUCCAGUGGUCCAUCUUCUAUCUUCCGAAAGGGAGAAGUGGUCUGGUUCCAGAAUUCGACCACCUGGAGAAUCGGCAUCAUCUGCGCGAUCGGCUCGGCUGAUGGCAAAACAGCCUGUGCCAUCGUACCCUUCCAGCAUCCAGCUUACCGCAUCGAGCGUGUCACGAAAGCCGAAGCAGACCUACGCCCCUUCCUCGCCUUCAGCGUGCCCAUGGUUAACCACUAUGUCGAGCAUCUCAAAGGAAAAUGGAUCGCCGAGGUCGACUGGACCACCCUCCAACAGCAACUCGCGAACGGGGACAGCAAGAAGAUGGACGUCCUCGCCCUCGAGGCCUCCAAGCUAGCAGCACUUCUCAUCGACCAUUCCUUCUCGACUUUCAGCCCUGUUGCCGCGGCGCCCAACCAGCCGAUCUACCGCGGCGUAUUCCUCGGUGCCGAGAAGAUUGUCGUGGGUGAACCCAUCCGUGUCCGCCACGAGGGCCAGCCGGAGAACAGCCCCGUCGUAAUGGUCGUCCUCAACAUCUGGAUCGACCAGGAGAACGCCUUGGUUUUCUCCGGGCGCGUCUGGCGCAUCGAGCACGCCAGCAACGGCAGCAGCGUGCAGCAACAGCAACGACAGCAAAUCCAGCACCAACUCCCUCAAGCCAUGCUCCGAGAGAAGGCGUACAGAGACCGGUGCCUCGGGCGUUUCAGCAUGAGCGCCAACUGGGUGCCCGUGGGCAACGACGCAGUCGCCAAGAAGGCCCCGGCCGUGCGCGGCCGCUUCUACGAGACCGAGCAGCUCGCCGACAUCCUCAAGCCCCCCGGUUUCCAGCAGGAACUGCAGCAGGGACGCGUGAGAGAGCUGCAGGCUAUGCUCAACAACUGCGGAGACUCCAACUUGGAAGUUAGCAAGGGCCGUGUGGCCAACCGAGCGGCUGCUGUGGCGGGAGCGAUCCCGGAGGAGUUCGUUGAUAGUCUGGAGUAG